AGCUUCCUUGUCAAUCCCAUCAGAAUCCCUUCCUCCAAUGUCUCUUACUUUCCUCCAUCUAUAUAAAUAGACACAAACCCACCUAUUCAUGUACAUUCAAGUUUUUUAAAUAACCCACCAAUCAUUUAAUUUAUGAUGGAUUCAACAAGGGAAGGAGGAGUGGUGUUUGAGGAUUUCUUUCCUGCAAUGAUGGAGAAGCUAGGCGCUGAUGGGUUUAUGAAGGAGUUGUGCAAUGGGUUUCGUCUGUUGGUGGAUGAAGAUAAGGGAGUGAUAACGUUUGAGAGCUUGAAGAAGAAGUCAGGGUUAUUGGGUUUGAAAGAUACGAGUGAUGAGGAGGUAAUAUGUAUGAUUAGAGAAGGUGAUUUGGAUGGCGAUGGAGGUUUGGAUGAGAUGGAGUUUUGUACUCUUAUGUUUAGGUUGAGUCCUGCCUUGAUGAGAGACUCCAGUGAAUUGUUGGCUGAGGCCAUUAAUUUUGAUGAAAUGUAGGUCAUCUUGUGAAUGUUCUUGUUCCUUUCUAUUGAUAAAUGCAAUUCAAUUUCUAGUUAUUAGUUGAACUGCUAUAUUCAUAUAACUUUUUUUAGCUAAUCAAUCAAUUUCUAUUUAUUAGUUGUGCUCAGUCUUGGCUAGGAAUACGCUGUUAAUAAAGAAAUUAGAGCAAUGAAUAGUCUCAAAUAAACUUCCAUGUGUUGGUGUUUUGAGACCAAUAAUUUAGAAGAUCCCAAUUCAAGAAAGUUCACGGAAUUUGUCCAUUUGUUGUCUGAGUACAGAACACAAGAGAGGCAGAAAGUACAAAAUUGAGGGCGGAGGGGGACUUGAUCCGCUCCGCACUUGGCUACCCAGCGUUUACCAUGGGCACGAUAACUGGUACACCAGAGAUGCGUCCUUCCCGAUCCGAUCAGUUAGGUCCAGUGGUGAUCAAGUAGCCCGGAUAUGUGUUAAAAACAAAUAAAUUAAACCCCUGUUUUUAAUAUCAAGCUGCAGCUCCAACACCAUGUCAAUGUGUUCUCUUCACUAAGCAUAUAUAAGGUGGGGAAUGAAAUUUGAACGUUGAAAGCAGAGGAAAAUGAGUAAGUGCAAACUCUGUGACUCUUCGGCUAAGAUGUACUGCGAAUCAUAUCAAGCAAGGCUGUGUUGGGACUGUGAUGCUAAGGUUCAUAGUGCAAACUUUCUUGUGGCCAAGAAUCCAAAUACUCUGCUUUGGCACCUCUGUCACUAUUACACGCCCUGGGUGGGUACCGGUCCAAGGCGGACUCCUAUAGUUUCACUAUGCAACAGCUGUGUAAAUAGCUGUAAUGGCACACAAGUAAUUAGGGAUGUGGAGGAAAGACAUGGUGAUCGAUAUGAGAUACAUAUAGACAUAGUGGUGAUGAGGAGGAUGAAGACAGUGAUAUUAGUGCCGACGAACAUGAAGACAACGACAACGAGGAGAAUCAGGUAGUUCCGGCCUUCCAGAGUUGUCAGUGCCGGCUUGGGAGGACCCCCUAACGUGAAGCUAACUUGCGAUUUGUAUCACUUAUCCCCUUCUCAACCAUUCAUAGUGUUUUAUUUACAUGUUUAAUUCCAAGUACUGUUUCAGAUAUACUCUCAACUUCUUGAGUCAUUGUUUGAUACAAAACAUCCAUGAAGAGAUUGAUACAACCGAAUUCACUUUAGCGUUUUAUGAUUGACUUUUGACGUAAAAACAAAGCAGGGAUAGGAUAAGUUGGUGAUUAAGAUGGUGAAGGUCUUGUGCAUGAAAAAGUAUAAGAUAGCAUAACUUUUACAAUAGUUACUAUCAUCGGAAGGCCCCUGCUCUAAAGGAAAAGAUGGCCACUAAAAGAUGCCUAGGACUAGCAUAAUGUAAACCCCAACUAUAUCAGCAAAAUGAUGUUUAUCAUACCUGAUGUGGGUCCCCUUUUCAUUGCACGAAGCUUGAAUUCCUAGCGAUUUAUCAGUGAAGAGUCCGCAAAGAACAUUAUCAUAUGCUACAUAGAUACAAAGGCAAGGAAGUGGUACAGGAAAGAUAUACACUAUUAACAUCCCAUCUUCAAUGUUUUAAACUGGUGACACUGAGGUUGCAAACAAAUUAUACCAUAACACAAAAAACUGCAGCCUUUAUCCAUAGAAGCAAAACAUGACCUUCACAAAAGAUGUACAAUAUAGUAAGAGAGAGAACUGACUGAGAACGUUACUGCCAACUUCUACUACACAUGUUGACACAACCACCAGGACAUCUCCAUACCCGACAAGCCUUUUUCUGAAUCUG